AUGCCUGCGGCCCAUGUUGCCGUCCACUUGCACGUGGUUGGAAGCUGUAUUGAGCUUGCGAAUGCAACCACUUCCGUCUGGGGCACAGCCAACAUCGGGCCUGGCAAGCCUUUCACGGACACACAAGCCAAGUGGAUUUGGUCACAUGCUGGUGCGGAUCUGGGCACGUCUUCCGGCGUGAGGACGACCAUUUCCACCACAGUGACCGCUGCGGCGCCAGGCACACAGACCUUGCUUCACCUCAUCGUUGAGAAUUUUGCAGACGUGUACCUUAAUGGAGCUUUCGUUACCAGGCUGACAGGGGGCUGGAGGAACCAGCAGGAGUACACCAACCGGCCCCUCCAACUUACCCUAGCCGCUGGCACCAACACGCUCUCCGUGGCCGCCUAUGGAGCUUCAUAUGGGGGUCGAGCUGGUUUGCUGGCCUCCCUCACCAGCAGUGAUAGCACAACCGUACUGGCCCGCACCAGCAGCGACUGGACCUGCAGCGUGGACGUGGUUGGAAGUCGAAAUUCCAUUGAGGUUGCCCCCGCUCUCAGCUCGAUCUGGGGAACAGCCAACAUCGGGCCCGGAAAACCCUUUAACGACACCCAAGCGAAGUGGAUUUGGGCACACUCGGGGUCGACUGUCUCCAGCUCGUACUUCCUAAGGCCUAUAUUCACGACCAUGUUCGUAGUGCCGCAAGACACAAGCGCUCUGCUGAGCCUCAUCGUCGAUGACCGUGCGGACAUAGUCUUCAAUGGCCAGAUGGUCACUGCACUGGAGUGGGGUUACCUGGCAGGGCAGUACACUAACCGGCCAGUACGGCUGAACCUGAAAAGGGGCAUCAAUACACUUUCGGUGAUAGUUACGAACUACAACAACCCUGGGAGCCCAGCAGGGUUGCUUGCCUCCCUAUCCAGCAGCGAUGGCCGUAGUGUGUAUUCGCGCACCAGCAGCAGCGCCUGGGUCUACAGCGCCUUGGUCAGCUCUAAUCCAGGCUGUAUUGAGCUGGCCUGGUCUGGCAAGCCUUUCCCGGAUACACAGGCCAAGUGGAUUUGGUCAGACGCGGGAAGAUCUUCUGGCAUGAGGACGGCCAUGACCACCAUUCUAUACGCUCAGCAAGCAGGCACACGGGUCUUGCUGAACGCCAUCUCUCUGAGCACCGCAAAUGUGUACCUUAAUGGAAUCCUCAUGGGUAGCCUUCCGGGGGGUGGUAACCCCACCAGCUUACUCUUCAACCGGACCCUAGCCGUUGGGACCAACACAAUCUCUGUGGCCGCUUAUUAUGGGGUCCCAACCCCGGGUCAAGCCGGCUUUGUGGCCUCCCUCACCAGCAGCGAUGGCACAACCUUACUGGCCCGCACAAGCACCGACUGGACCUGCAGCGUUAACGUGCCUAGUAUCUAA